AAUUUUGAAUAAUCCAUCACUCCUUUGUUUCCUGACUUGUGUUCAUCUUUAAGAAAAUGGUAAGUUUAAUAAGGUUUCCCCAAAUCCUCUGCCUUUCCUUCAUGUUGUUACAGUUUCGAGUCCAAAGCUCCUCACCUUCUCAAUCUUCUCCCGAUUCAUCCCCACAUUUGUGCCGUUCUGAAGAGCGUUCUGCAUUGCUUGAUUUCAAAAGCACUACUACUAAUUUGGCGGAAUCCUAUUUUCGUAGUAGGGAUAUAAUACAAACUAGGAACGAGAGUAAAGACUGCUGCUUGUGGGAGGGCAUCACAUGCGACAAGGUGAAAGGUCACGUGAUUGGCCUUGAUCUUAGCAUUAAUCAUCUUGAAGCCAAUCCAAAUACAAAUAGUAGUCUCUUCCGCCUUGAGAAAUUGCAGAGCCUCAACCUUGCUUACAACGAUUUUAGCUACCCCAAUCUCUCCUUUGGUUUAACCGUUGGAAGAGUUUGACAUAUCUUAAUCUUUCACUUUCACGUAUGAGGUUUCAUUUCUUUUUCUUUUGUUUUAAAUCGCCAUGCUUCCAAAACUGGUUUCACUUCUUCUAAUGUGACAAAUCUUUAACCUUGUAGAUUCAAUAUUCCUGGAUGGCUUUGACCCAUUUGAUGAGAUCCUCUUGCUACCGAAAUUGGUUUCACUCGAUCUCUCCUGGAAUUAUGGUUUGGUUCUUGACAACAUAAAGUUUCAAAUGCUUG